ACGAUCAACGCGACAACGCGUCAGCAUAUCCUUUCAAGUUACGACAGAGUUCGACAGUUGUUUGAUCGUUCUUGCUCGGACUGGAUGAAAUUCUAACGUCCAUCGUUUAAAUCCAACUAAACACGGUGCAUCGAAAGGCCAGCGCCUUCGUACGAAAAUCUAUUUAUCUAUUUACCUAUUUACCAACAUAUAGCUACAAUUAUAAUAUGUGUUUGAUCGCGAAAAGAUACAUACCUAGUUAGUAUUCGAUGUGUAUCAUUGAAAGAAUAAAAAAUUUGUCGAGCAGAAAACACGUGCUUCGAUACUGAACAGCGCGCAGCGUAUAUAACAGACACUCAAGCAAGAUCAAGAUACCGUUUGAGAAUCUAACGUCGUCCACGAUGAACUACUUGGUUUACACGAUAUUAUUCCUAUCUUCGUUCCUUCUCGUAUACCUUAUUCGUAGAAAUCGAAAGGCAUCAUCUCGUCUCCCUCCCGGUCCCUGGCAACUUCCGAUCGUUGGCUAUCUACCGUGGAUCGACGCAGAGAAACCGCACGAAUCUCUCACGAAAUUAUCCAGGAUUUAUGGACCCGUAUGUGGAUUUCGUAUGGGUUCGGUCUAUACUGUUUUACUGUCGGAUCCUCGAUUGAUAAAGCAAACUCUUGCAAAGGAUGCGUUUGCUGGCAGAGCACCGCUCUAUCUUACUCAUGGAAUCAUGCAAGGAUAUGGUUUGGUUUGUGCCGAGGGUGAACGAUGGAGAGAUCAAAGGAAAUUCGUUAGUAGCUGCCUAAGAAAUUUCGGUAUGGUGAAACACGAAGGAUCUAGAAGAGAAAAAAUGGAGAAAAGGAUACUCGAUGCAGCCGACGAAUGUGUAUCGGUGCUCGAAAAGCGUUCAGCGAAUGGACCGAUCGAUCCAUUGGACACGCUUCAUCAUUACAUGGGUAAUUUUAUCAAUAGUAUCGUGUUUGGAAAAACUUACGAAGAGAACGAACCAGUUUGGAAAUGGUUGAGACAUUUGCAAGAAGAAGGAGUAAAAGAGAUAGGCGUUGCCGGACCUCUGAAUUUUUUACCUUUUCUCAGAUUCUUACCACGAUACGGAAAAACGAUUCGAUCGAUCGUCGAGGGUAAAGAAAAAACGCAUCAGAUAUAUCGGUCGAUACUCGAUCAGCAUCGUGCAGAAAUCGCGCAAAGCUUGCCAAAGGAAAACAUGACCGAGAGCUUUUUGGCCGCGUUCGACGAACAAAUGAGAAAAAGGGGGCCAGUAGAAUCGGCCUUUUAUACGGAAGCUCAGCUGUACCAUUUGUUGGCGGAUCUUUUUGGUGCUGGAACCGAUACCACCUUGACAACGCUUCGUUGGUUCCUUCUAUUCAUGGCUGCCCAUCCUAUAGAACAGGAAAAAAUCCAUUUGGAAAUGAAUCGGUGUUUGAGAAAACAAGAAGCACCGACAUUGAACGAUAGGAGCGCUAUGCCUCGUCUCGAAGCCGCUUUAGCAGAAGUGCAAAGAAUAAGAAGCGUUACACCGCUUGGUAUGCCCCAUGGAACGAUAGAGGAUUCACGAAUAGGUGAUUACGAUGUGCCUCGUGGCUCAAUGAUAAUUCCGAUGCAAUGGGCCGUUCAUACUGAUCCUACUUACUGGACAAAUCCUCUCGAGUUUCAACCGGACAGAUUCUUAACAAAAGAUGGAAACUUCUUCAAACCGGAAUCGUUUCUCCCCUUUCAAAAUGGAAAACGAGUCUGCAUCGGAGAGGAACUCGCCAGGAUGAUACUAUUUCUGUUCACUGGAAGGAUAUUGCACGCGUUCGUUAUAUCGACACCAUCGGACGAAAGUGUCGAUCUCGAAGGCGAAUGCGGUAUUACGCUCGUCCCAAAGCCACAUCGUUUGAUAUUUGUCAGACGAUGUGAUGACGCCUGAAUUUUCGUUCAAUCGCUUGAAAUACUUAUUCUCGAGCAGUCGUUAAAUUAAAAACAUCUUUCAUCCAACAACGUUCGAUUAAGAACAAAAACAUUUCAUCCACACUUUCGAAACACCUGUCUUGUCUUGUCUUCUCUUCUCUUCUCUUCUCUUCUCUCGAUCUCUUUUCACGGUUAUGUUUCUACGAUAAGGAGAAAGAACUUGUUCCGUGUUUUUCCUCGUUUUUCCUCGUUUUUCCUCGUUUUUCAUCGUUUUCCCUCGUUUCUAUCAACUUUUCGAAUGAAUGCUUUGUAGGCUAUACUAAGAAAGAGUCCGAGUGCCGAGUACUCAGUAGGUACCCGUUAUUCGUUUACUUUCACGGGGUAAUUAACUGGAAUUUCGCGCAAAGUACCAAGUAGAUACUUUUAUUAGUGGAUACGGGAUAUCUAGAGGGGCAGGUAAAAAUAAAAUUGCCGGAUAAAAAGCAAUAUAUGUAGAUACAUUUAAUGAUCGUUAGAAAAGAGAACAACAGAUUAAAUAACACAGAUUCGCGGUCGGCGGGUGAACACAAUGCGGUGCUCCGCGAUUCGAACAUGCCACAUGUAUGUACAUACAAUCAUUUUCUUACUGGUGAAUACAGACGAGGUAUCGACGCAAUUAGAUUUCUUUCAAAUGAAACUUGUAGACUUGUUAUCUACUAAUAGAUAAGAGGCGUAUCAAAAUUAUUAAGGCGAAGGGAAUAAAAAGAAAGCUAAUGAAUAAAGUUAGUUAAUUGUAAGUAAAAUCGGUAAAAAAUUGUGUCGGUGCUUCGUCGGUGUUCGCCGGACACGCAACAAAAAAUCUUUGGAAAUGAUUUUUAUACGAUCGCGAUAUCACAGGGACCUCGAGGAUCCCGCGUCCUAAAUUCGAGAUUCACAGCCUUAAUCUUUGCUCGCACCCAAUGGAUCGAGUUGUUCGAUGUCUCUCUUGAAUUCUACACGCUACCUAACUGCGCUGUGGUGUCGCAAGAAUCUCGUUCUAACUUUCACGAAAAUCACCGUGUUGUGUAGGUCAACAGCCGUGUUCAUCCAACGGCCAGCCCUACGACUUAAUCCAUUCCGAUCCAGUCGCGUUGGAACUUUCAAACGAUAAAAGAAAAAGAGAAUUCAGAGACGAAGGCAACCUCGCGCUCUCGUCGACCGCCACUAUCCCCUCUACGCUUUACACCCUAAACCUAUUAUAUGUAUUAGGUACUUGGACAAUCUGUGCACACUGAACACUUUGUUGCGCGCACUUGUUUCCUUUCCAUUUCUUUCUUUUCCUUUCCUUUGCUUUACUUUACUUUACUUUACUUUACUUUUACUUUUCUUUUUCUUUCUCCUCUUUCUUACUACAUAUUACGUGCCAAUGUUAUAGCUGUUACUGAUUCUCUUAUCGAUGCGCUAUCGUUGUUGCUUCAUAUUAUCGCUAUAUUACUAAUAUUAUUAUCGCUAUAUCGCUUUUACUACUAUCGCUAUUACUACUAUAUUUUCAACUAUAGCACUGUUACACCAGUUACACCAGUUGUGUUGCUGCCGUUUCUCUAUUUACAAGUCUUUUGUCUCUUAUCGCGUCUGAGACAACGUCACGAUAACAAUUUUAACGACAAAAGGUAACGUUGUUGCAAAACGCCUUUGUAAAUUGUAUAGUACAAACAUUGGAUCGACAUGGCUCAUUAAGCUCGUCAGGCUCGAAAUUCUUCAGGUUUGAACGUAUAACGUAUAACAUACCUUUCCUAAAUAACUAGUGACUAAACGCGAAUAAAUAAAAGGUGGUGUAAGAACCGAGGAGAACUCGCCCAAUAAGUACACACCCGUUAAAUUGCAAAUUGCGAAUUAAAUAUUGCAAAUCAGCAAGUCGAAGGAAAGCGAUAGGAAAAGUGUGGAAAAAUGUAGGCGAUAAAAUGAAAUGAAAAAGAAGCGAUUCUUAAUUGGAUCGGAUUGAAUAAUAAGAAUAAUAAUAAUAAUAAGAAUAAGGUUACAGCCACGAAUCGAGUGAAAUCGAAUGGAAUCGGGUGAGGAAAAGCAAAAAAAAAUAAAAAAAAAAAAAAAUAAAGAAGAGAAGAAAAUGAAAUCGGGUCGCACUAGGAACGACUACCGUGCUCCGUGGAUUGUCGUUGGAGCGUAAAAGGGAAUCGCAGGUUUUUCAGUGACUGCCGAUAUUCCGUAAAAUUGCACCAAAGAUCGUGUCGUUGUUCGCAUCUUCGAUAAUGUCCAGAUUUCUCGGUAAUAAACAAACGUUGAAAGGAUCGGGUGUGACAGUGACACCAGCGUUACCGCGCAAGCUCGGUAAAGAUGAACCUUGCGGUGAUUUCAAUUCAAACGUGUGCAUCAGCGAGCUGAAGAACAAGAACAAUUCCAUGCGCGCCAGUACAUCACCCAAGCACAUACGUCGGCCAACGCCGAAAGGCAUAAAGUAUUCCGGCUUUUCGACUUUGCCUUCGGCCGAGAGAAACCGACUCGGUCGAAACUCGUCGGGUUUCUCCCAAAGCUCUGGAUCCAUGUGUAUCGCGUGCAACAACGGGACAACUUGCGUUCCAGCCGGUAUCGUGUAACCGUGUAACGUCACAUUUCUGAAACGAUAACGCCGUUUGCAUUCCCAUUAAUCUCAUCCGAGGAUUCGACGCAGAUUUUGAAGAGGAGAUUUUGAAAAUUAAAGAAAUAAAAAUAGUAAGAGAAAGAGAAAGAGAAAAAAGAGAAUUUAUUGGUAUUGGUAUUGGUAUUGGUAUUGGUAUUGGUAUUGGUAUUGGUAUUGGAAAAACUCAAAUGGGGUGCACAUUCGAGAAGAAGAAAAAUACACUUAUUAUCUACUUACCGUGUAGUUGCGUGAGUAGUACCCAACGGUACGACGCUCGAUCGUCGAAGAACUUCCAGUAUCGUCGCCUCGGUAAUAGGAAGAAAAGGUAAAUCCUCCAAAGCGGGCAUCCUCGACCUUCCCACCACUUGAUCCAACUCUUCUUGCACCGCGGCUGCAGCUUCCGGGUGAUGAAGCAUCAAAAUUAUUGCCCAUUCCAAGGUGGUCUUAACCGUUUCCAUGCCAGCAGAGAACAGGUCUCCGAGAAUCUGUUGCAUCUGUCGAUCUGACGAUGAAUUUAUAAUAAUGAUGAUAAUAAUAAUGAUAAUCCGUAAUCGUAAGAACGAUGGAAAAGAAAAGGACAAUCAUGUUGAGUGCUCACCAUGAUUCUUUCCUUGAAAGAGCAAACUAGCGCGGCCUUCUCCCUUCGCCUUUUCGAUCUCGAGCAAGUACGCGUCAACUAAAUCUCGCACUGUACUUUCGUCAAAUGUUGCUCGAUGUUGAUCAACCGUUUUUUGAAAAAAGUCUGCCAUUUCCGCACGAUUUUCCGAUAUCUUGUUACGAAUUUUUUGCAGACAGGGCAAAUAACGCAUCACAGGAAUAAAAUUCACCGCAGCCAUGCUGCCAAACAGUUUGAAGCCUUCCUCGAUCAAAUCCAUGAACCUCUUGAAUCUAUAGUCUCCGUGUUGGAAACGCACUCCCAUUAUGAGCGAGCAGAUCACGUUGCUAAUCGACAUUCCAAGAGAAGCCGAAACGUCUGUCGAUCUACCCCCUUUCGACGCCAGUCCACGAAGGAACGUCUUCACUUCGCGCUGAAAUUCAACGAGAAGAAAGCUCCUUUAGUUCCUUCUCAAUACCAUUGACGAAAGUUAAUGCUCUCGAACAUAAUAAAAGAGUAAAAUAAAAGUAAAACGGAACCAAAAUAGGAAGACGAAGACGAAGACGAAGACGAAGAAAAAGAAGAAGAUUUGCUUCUACAUAGUGCUCACCAUGAUUCUCGAUUCCAUUACUUUCUUUCCACCGCCUAUAUAGGUCAUGCCGAAGCUUCUAAGUUUAUCGUGAAGAAAUUUUCUUUGUUCUUUCCACAUAGCACCCUCGGUGUUGAUAAUACCUACGAGAAAGAAAAACUCAUUAGAGUUGAUACGAUCGAAGCGACUCGCGGUCAUGAUAAAGCACCUUUUAGUUAGUCGAGAGUGUAAAAAGACGGGAAAAGGAGACGAAAUGAUUGAUAGCGAGCAAGCUUGUGCGUAAAGUUUCGAAGGAGAUGAAAGUAGGAAAAAUGAAAGAGAAAAAACGAUGCAAAGUCGAAAAGUUGCAAAGACAGCAAAUUGAGAGAUAAGAAGGCUGCGAUUAUCAGAAAGCGAGCGUGACACGCGCGACGCGAUGCUGGUGCACGAUGCACGGUGCACGAUCCACGAUCCACACUUACCGUAUCCGCCCAAGAUGUUGAUGAACUCGGUGUGCGGUCUGCCAGUGAACUCCUCCCGACGAAACGUAUCACGAAUCGUGCGAUGAUCGCUAAGAACAACCACUAGUUGCGUUCCCAGCCGGGCGCUGAACAUCGGCCCAUACUUUUUCGCGAGUUCACCGUACUGAAGAUGAACGUCGCCUUUCAGAAAUGGCAAAUAACCAAACACGGGUACGCCCCAUGGGCCAGGAGGUAAAGAACGAACGUACCUAAGCCAUUGCAAGCAUCUAGCCACCAACAACACACCUAUGAACACGAGAAGCGUGUAAAGAACUUCGAUUCUCGUACCACCCAUAGCUUUCCAGGCCCACUGGGCCGCGUGUUCCACGAACAUUGCGCUAUUCUUCUUAGCCUCUUAGCCUUUACGCGCCUUCUACGCUCGAUCCUUUCCCUUUCGAUUAACAGAUUCGAUCGAUUUUUUUUCAAUUUUUUCCUUCUUUCUUUCUAGACGCCCUCUCUACUUCUUGCUCUUUCUUCCUCACCGCUCUCCUUCAAAAAAUCUUCUUAAUUUCUUCGAUAAAAAGUUCUAUGUACACUACUUUCUUCUUCCUCUCUCCUCGUGCGUCUCUCCUCACCCCUUUUUUAAAACUUUUACUCGAUCCCUUCCUCUCAGCAUUCACCACCUUUUUUUAUCGUUUCCUUUCCCUUCCACGCUUCUCUUUUCUUCCCUUCUCCUUGCUUUCCCUUUCAAUCACGAUAACUGUACCGGCCUCGGCGAAAAGCACAUUUAAGUUUCCUUAACUCGAUUCGUUUCUACUGUGAACACGAUUUUCUUACUCGAAACGAAGCUUCCGAAAUUCGCGGCUAUAAGUAUCAAAGUCGAUCGGGCUGGUGGGGUAUAAUCUGGAGGGGAAUAUACGAUGAAAAAGAGAAGAAGGGGUGCGGAACGAGGAAGACAGGGAAAGAGAUCGAGAGAGAGAGAGGACGUGUGCGUCUAUAUGCGUGUGAUGCGUCCGUAUAUGUAUGUGAUCUCGCGAAAUGGAGGAAAGCAGAGAAGGAGAGAAGAACUAGUGGGGAGGGGGUGGGCUCGUCAAAGAAUCCUUGAAGGCAAUUGUACGAUUGUGCAAGAAUCAGGAAGAUACGUACGAAACGCAUGAACGGAAAAACGAGACAAGAGAAUCGAGAGGAAAAGAUGGAAGUGAAUGAAGGAAAUGGAAUAAAGUCACCUGCUGCACGGGAUCGAAAGGACUCAGAUAAAAGAAGAAAGAUAAGUAGUAGCGAACAGAGGAAGAUUAUUCGUAUCUACGCGUCUUCGACACUAUCGCGCCAUUUCGAUUUACGCACAGGCGAGGGUGCCAAAUGAGAGGUUCGAGGACAGAAAGCGGAGGGAGAGAGAUUGCGAAAGGAAAAUGAGUCUCGAAACGGACAACUACAGAAGUAUCUGUCGUCUUAUUCAGAGGGUGUUUAGGUUAGCGAGUAGAUGAAUAAAAUAGCUGGGUGGAGGAAGGAAGAUGAGAUCGAUACAAUGCUGCCGCGUGUCAUGGAUUAAGUUCGGUAAGGUAGAAAAGUAAAAGCAGGAGAUUGAAAAUGAAUGAAGAAAGUCGUAAGGGUGGAGGAAGAGGAAGUUGAAGAGGAAGAGGAAGAGGAAGAGGAAGAGGAAGAGGAGGAGGAGGAGGAGGAGGAGGAAGAGGAAGAGGAAGAGGAAAAAGAAGAGCAAAAGGAAGAAAGAUUAAGAAGGAUCGAGAAGGCGAAAGGGAAGGAGAGCUGAGGAGAUGAGAGGAAAGGAAAGGAAAGUUAAAGAAAAGAAUGAAAGAAAGAAAAAAGUCGGUCACAGCCGCAGCCGAAUUUACCGGCGCUCGCUACCUCGUGAAUCGUGCGAGCCACGGAAAGAUUGAAUGUAUACUAACAUACACCUUCUUGUCCUUGCCCGUCUUAUAUAGUGACUCAUCGAGUACCGGCCCCCCAGCGGCUGUAAAUAGUCCCCCGUACGUCUCUCGAUUGCCCCUCGGCAGUCUCUGAACAUGGUGGGGCAACGGCAGAAAGAGGAGCAGGAGACGAUCGCGAACGAACGGAAGGAGUCAGGUAAGACGGUAGUCGGUCGAACGAGAUACCGCGAGGUGCGAAACUCAGUGGGGGAUACAGCACGAGUCUUUCCAUCAGGACAGUGCCAGUAGAUCGACUUCCGUCGAGGAUGCGAAGGCGGACUCCUUGUUCCUACGUCUCGUUGGUCCAAGACCACGAGGUCUCCUGUCCCGCCGCCACUCUUCUCGGGUGGGGGAUUCGGGCCCCCUGCAGGGAUUCGAAACUGUCACCCUGUAGUGGGGGCGGGAAGGUGGUGAAGGUGGUAAAGGAGGAGGAGGUAAAGCAGAAGGAGGAGAAGAGAAGAGGAAAAGGAGGGAUCGCUAUCACCAAACCCAACGGUGCCUCUUCGGUUUACUCGCAAAGGAUUCGCUUCGGGUCACCUGGUCUUGCACUUUUCUUUCUUCCGUUCUCGCCCUCCCGUUUGCUUCUUCUCCUGUUUCUGCUUCUCGUUAUUUCACAAUAAAACGCGACGACACGCAAAUACGCGAAAAGUUGGAUCGAUUACAUCCGAUCGUAAACAAUUGUGAUCAAACGGAUGGUUAAUAAGAACAUGAUACCCACGUAUGUUACUUACUAUAAGGAUAUGGUAAAGACAAAAUAGAAACCUAUAUUGUUUCGAUCAUUACGAAUCGUAACGAUCAUUAAGAACGGUACGUAUGUACCUAUAUCGACUGUUUGUUCAUUCGUCGCGUCGCGUCGCGUCGCGUCGCGUCGCGUCGCAUCUUACGGAUAAAAGUAUACCGUGGGAACCACGCGCAUAAAACGACAGAAAAUGGCAUAAAAUAGCAUAAAACAGCAGACGUUAAGAUCGUCGUAUUGGCCGCCGUUUCGCUGAUUUGCUUUGCUGUUUCGUAUUCAAACGAAUCUCAUUUAGCGUCGCGUGCUGACACAGAGUCAGAGACUCGGCGUCCGGCGAGCAGUCGCGGUUCUUCGACGGUCCGGUCCGGUCAUUGACCCAGUUCGUAUUCUUUCUCGAUAACCAUGUCCGGUUUUCACCAGGGACGAUACCAGAAAUAUCCCUUGUGCUAACCAAGCCGAACGUCCUCCGAAGUACGCUGCUUCCGCGUUCAAACAAACAUACGUAAAUUGCGAAUCAUGUCGUUUUUGCCAAAUAAACGAUAACACCACCCUCCGUUUGUUCGCCUCGUAAUCGGUAACUCUUCUCAUAAAACGAUCUAAACUUAUCGGUAUCAAUCGUCAAGUUCAAGGUUUCGAUUUCGUUGAAAACAGCAACGAUAGCUCGUUUUCCUUCCCUUCUGCGCUCUGUGCUCGUUGCUACGAAACUGAUUGUACUUUCUUCUUAAAAUUUAUCUACAUGUUAUACGCUAGUUUUCAAUUAUAUUUUUACUUUAUCUUGUUCAUUUCUGCUUCUUCGAAUAAAAAGAAGAAGAAAAAGAAAGGAGGGAGGAAAAAGUACCGUUUCGUUGAACGGUUUUAUAAUUGCAAUAGUAUGACGAAUAAUUUGAACAAUCCUAUUUUUUUCACAAUUUCUCUUGUUGCUCGAGUCUGAAUCGUUUGGGUCGAUUUACAAAAUCAUUUGACUGCAACGCGAUUUUGUUAUUAAGUGUAAAGAGUCGCUUAGACUUGGCAAAAUUCGAUUCGUCCGUUCGCGAGUCUAAUAGCAAACAUUCGACCAACGCUUCGCAACGAUUUUUCAUAAAAUGCAUCGUAUCGAAGAAAAUUUCUUCUUUCGCAAGCAAAAGUAUGACGAUUUAUCAAUCGUGAAACAAAGAUAAAGUAAAGUAACGCAAUUCGGAUUCUGUGACGAAAUGAAACUGACUCAUCGAUUGCUACCGAAUCAAUGACACGCAGAACUUGUUCAAAAUUGAAUAAGCAGUAUCAGCAAUCCACUCGGCCAGGGUUGAUAAAGCACAAUGUUAUGCGUCGCGACGCGACGCGACGCCUCUUCACUUCUCGAGGUAAACGUUCGAUCUCCGAAAGUUUCAACGUGCAUACUUGUGUCGUAUACAAUUAUGUACGUUCUUACAUGCACUUACGUACAUGUAUGUGUGUUUAUAAAUUUUGCACGUUACGCUACAAAUUCAAUGAAAUUUUCACAUUCGUCAUAAUAAAUUAACCAGUUAAUAUGUACUAAGCAGCUAUUGAAAUCGGAUUUGAUAUCUUUCCGGUUCUCUCUUCUUUUGUUUCUCAGUCUUGCAUCGAUUUUUGCCAGCAGCUUAAUCGUACACCACUUAUAAUUAAUUUAAUUAAUUUUGAAAUAACAACAAAUCAUUGGUUCAUUAGUGCAGAGAAUCGGUGAACAGAAUAAUAAACAGCGAACAAGAUAAGAGAGAAACGCAAAUGGGAGAGAGCUGGUAUGCGGUGCACUCGCAUUCUCGUACUAUUAUAACUGUUACGGACAGUGAGCACGCGUGCAGGUAAACGUGAUCGAUUCUUCGAACGUGUGCAUACGCGAGAAACAACUUGCUCGCGUAAUCAAGCCUGCAAUUUCUGAUUGUUUACAUACGAGGGCAUUGCCCGGAUGCCGUUUACCUUACGUACAUUCCAAGUGUUACCACUCCUUCCUUUACUACCUCUUCGCGAUUCCAACCACCUACUGCCUCCAGGGAACCUACGACAGGUAUACGAACCGUAUACGACCCGUUUGCAUAUACGUUCGCGUACGCGUUCCCGUUCUCGUUCGCGUUCGCGUUCGCGUUUGCGUUCACAUUCGUAUUCGCGAGUAAAGCACGAGACGCGCAACACUACAAGAUGUAUUCACGACUACAUAUACACAUAGGUACAUUGAUUGCGCGUGAAUACAUGUGCUUAUACGCGAAUUGCAUUGCAAACCACGCGUAAACCAUACCAACAGCAGCCCGAUACCAGAAAGACGACGGAUUCUGGCCAAAGAGCGACUGCUUUGCUAGCUGACCGAUCUAAUUCGAUCGGCUCGAUUCUUCUCGACUCUCUUUCUCGAUUAUACCUAUACGUAUAUCGUACCUUUUUCGUUCCAAUUCGAUUACUCUUUCGUUGCGCCCUCGAUUUCUCCUCGCGUUCGAGCACGAUCGAUCCAGUUCAUCCAACCACAAAUUACAAAGACUAAAACCUUACACCUUACGAGACAAACGCGAAUUAGACGUUUCAAACUGUAUCGAUUAGCGUACGUUCAAUGUCUUCAAUACUUGCGAAAUACUAACCAAAUUGAUAUUAGUUAAUCGUUUAGCGUUAAUUGAUUCGAUUGUAGCGAAAAGAUCGUUACCGAAAGUAGAGAGGAGAAUUGAAUGGAAGCAAAGUUGGAGAACGCGGAACACGGGACGCGAGAAAAGAAAGAUAAAACGAGAUAAAAGAAACGGGUCCGUGUCUCGGAUAGUUUUUAGCGAUACCUACGCCCGCAUAUAAUCCACCUUGGAGCGGGUUUCCUUUCUAACGGCUAAUAACGGACCCUGACUCCGCUCGAAUAGGUACGAGAAGGCGGUUUUUGACUGUCCGUUAUUCCGCUUUCGGCUCGUCUCCCGAAUCCUCUCGCAUAGCCCCUCUGAGAGGUUCGUUUGACCCGUUAGAUACCGUAGUUGGAGUCGUUGAAACAGGCGACGCCGCGCGUCGCAUUUCCUCGCUACGUUCUUAGCAUUAGUUCCGAGUUCCCUGCUCGAUUCGAUCGAUUAGAAAAAAAGGGUGAUUAGAAGAAAGAUGAAGCGACAACAGGAAGAAAGGGUGCAAGGGUAGAAGCACGUGAUGCAUUGCGAGCACGUGCGGUACGUGCGAGUACGUAAUACUUGGUAUAAUGCCGGGUGAAGGACCGAACCAUGCAUCGAACGGAUGAACUGGUUGUUGUCCGGUUGCUCGUGUGCUUGGUUGCUCGAUCGCUACUCGCCCGUUACCAUCACUGACCACUGCCAACGGGUCGAUAACCUGAGACCUCUUUCGCAGCCGAAAUUUUCGAAGCUUCUUCUAGCGUAUCGAAUCAACAUUUAUUUUUUCUCCGCUUCUCUUCUUCCUCUCUCAAUCAGAUAUUAUGCUCGUCAGUACUCGUGUCACCGGUUUGCCGCACCAUUCGUUUCUGUAUCUGACGACGUUUCUCUAGAUGCCCAACGUAUCUUUUCUCGUCGUUACGAGACGAACAGAAUGAUGUUAUUCAUCAUCUUUCAUCAGUUCUUCAACUAUCUACCUGGCUACCUAACUAACUACCUAAAUAACUAUCCGGCUAGCCAAACGACAAACCGAACGAUUCCACUUUCCAACGUAAUAGAUCCCUCUAAGGAUUAUGUAACGAGGGCAAAACUCGUGGUGGCCAGCGCGUAUGUAAACGCGGCUCGUUUAAACGAUGUCGCAGCUUUGGUCGCGAAAACGAAAACGAAAACGAAAACGAAAACGGAACACGAACACGAACACUCUAAUGAUUCUCUCUGUCCUUCUACCUGCAAAUCGCUGAUACUACGAAUUUCUUGAUUCGCGUUCGUCCGCCUUGCAUGCAUUCCUUUGCCGUUAUGCAUACGCACGAGCGUGCUCCUCCACUCGUUCCACCGAUGCGAUGUAAGUACGUUUAUCGUAUUCCUCAAUCGAAUCGAGAGUAUUGCGGAAUUACAAAAGCGCUCGUCCAUGUUGCGUUGCAAAAUUCAUCAAAAUGUUCCGCUUGUUUCGUAAGCAACAACCAUGAAACCCAAAGAGGACAAACACUUUUCUACCGACUUUCUUUCUUUCUUUCUUUCUUUCGUUCCUACCAGUUUCUUUUCUUCCUACGAUUGCUCCAUUGUUUUAUUGCUCCAUUGGUUUACGUUACGUCCGCAACUUUAACAGACGAGGCCCGACCGUUGAAUCCAUGAAUCUGACAAAUCGACAGGCACGAUCAGAUCGAAACGAUCAACGCUUAGAAUGAUAACGACAAAGCGGAACGAGGCAAAUAACGCUAACACCUUCAAGCUUGAACGAGAGCCGAGGUGAAUGACCGGUAAAGUGGUAUAUAAGUGCCGUAUACAAAGCGUGUUCCAGUAGGCUGUAGGCACAGCACUCUAUCUGGUCCUUCCCUCUCCGGCUGGCCGAUUUUCGUAGCCAAUCGAUCGAAAGUUUGAAAUUCGAUUUAUUACAAAUGUACCUAUUUGUUUUGUCCUGUUGAAAAGCUAAACUCGGUAGGAAAAAGAAAAUUGAACCAAUAAAAUUGAUUUUAAAAUAAACAGACAAAAUAUGAAAAAAAUCUGGGCACACGUGAAUUGAAUCGAAUCGAAUCGAAUGGAAUCGAAUCGAAUCGAAUCGAAUCGAAUCGAAUCGAAUCGAAUCGACGGGCGGUCAAUGCUCGACUGACCUCAACAACAGUAAAAGUGACAAACGGCUCGGCUUCUCUUGCGUCCAAGUCGGUCGCGGAACUUGAUUUCUCGAUUCUUGUCCCACACUCUAUCGGAACGAUCUGCUCAAAGUCGAUUUUAGACCUCGAUUUGCUUAUCGAAGAAAAUAAAAAAUGCCGACAUUACCUCGACCCUACUUGAACUUGGCUAAUUGCAAAUUGUAAAUGCAAAUAGAGUCGAAAUUAGAAGAAAAACGUUGCAUAACUUUAUACGCGAACCUCUUUAUCGAUUCGGUCAGUUGUAAAAUAGUAUUUGAUAGAGAUUGACUCGAAAUAAAAUGGAAAUACAUGACCAAGAGCGAACGAGCAAACUUCUUAAACAGGAAACAAGCUAGUUGGUAUUUAUCAAGGAGACGUUCGUCACUCGUGUCUCCGUGUUCUCCGAGUCAGGAACGUAUUAAGCCGCAUUACCUUUAACGUGUGUUUUCGCAAAUCGUUACAUCGCUUUCGUGUUUUUAGCUUUUUAUCAGAAUACUUUGUUACGAGAUAGCAAAGUUGAUUAGUCGUCCGAUCAAGCCUUCAUUAACCCGUUCCUGUAACCAGUCGUUUACAUUGAUCGAUCGAUCGAUCGAUCGAUCGAUCGAUCGGUAUGCCACGUACUACGCACUCACUCUUACUUACCUUUCGGAUCGCAUGAUCCAAACCUUCGAAAGGACAUUGACCGGUGUCGCACUAAGAGCACGGCAAGUGUAUCAAAUACUUAUGCAGCCACGCAUAUAAGAUCAUGUCGCGUGCAUCGUGUGUGCGUACUUACAUAGAAACGCGUAAUACAACAACGGAAGGAGGGAACAGAGAAAUAGGUGUGUACUUGCGAACGCGUACAUACAUAAUAGAGAAAGGGAAAAGAAAGAAAGAAAGAAAGAAAGAAAGAAAGAGGGGGUUUCUCCAUAGAAAAAUAAGAGGAGGGAGGAGAGAUACUGGUGGAACACGCGUUUCCUCUUCUAUACCUAGAGGCCACGUGCCUGCCUGUUUUAAUUCAAGUAUACGUACAUACAUAUGUAUAUGCAUAUGCGAUGCAUAUCCAACAACUCGAAUCGAAAUGGAAUAGAAGAAGAGUUGGCGCGGUGAGCAAACGAAAUCCGAAGCGAAUAGGAAACGCGCAAAAAUACUCUGUCUUUCCGUCUGCGCCGCGCCGUUCAACACCCUCGCCGAAAGACACCAUCGAUGCGUCCUCGCGUUCCGUGAAUACGAACGCGAAUCUUGGUCAGCUGAAUACGAGAUUACUUGUCUUGUCCUAUCCUGCCCUGCCCUUUCUUCCCUGAUCGCUUUAAAUUCCUGAGCUAAAAAUUAAUGCUACGGUAGUGUCUCGGGUGAAAAAGAACACCUCUGUUCCCGACCGUCAACGCGUCGCGUCGCGUCGCGUCGCGACGAUCGACAGAAAAACAGAAUCGUCUUUCCUUCCUAUCAACAUUUCUCAAAAUUCGUUCCUUUUUAAUUAACAAAACAAUCGGCCGCCCUCUUCGAUGCGAUCGACUUCUGUACGAGAGUAACACGAUGUCCGACGACCCUGACAAGCCAAUCGUCGUUACGUCAUCAUGGCGACAGAUAUAGAAUCACUGUCACUUUCAGUGUAAAUAAGUAGAAGCACAGAUCAUAAUCCCUCGUUUCGUCUUUUCUGAUUUUAUUUAACUCUCAAGGGUAGGAGAAGUGAAUGGAUAAUUUUUUCACCUUUUUCUGCUCCCAUAAUUGCCCACAUCUCCGCACAAUUGCCUGGGUUACCUAGGCUACUUUAGAUAAAUAAAUAGAAACGGGAUAUUCUUGUUGUCACUUAAUAAUUCCAGGGACGAGUUACAUGCUGUACAUACAUGUAUAAUCCUGACCAACUACCACCUUGCAAUCCUCUUUAAUCUCGAACAUUUUCUUGAUGAAAACAUUAACACUAAAGGUGAAAAGGCUUGAAAUUUAAUUUUCACUAUUUGCUAUUCGCUGCAUUUUACCUGCUAUAUAUGUAUAUCUCAGACAUUUAAUUCGCGUUCCGACGUGCAGUUUCGAGGGAUCGUCAAGCACCCCGUCAAAUAAAUAUGUUCGAUCAAAGAGAAGUGGAUGGCCAUAAUCGUAUGUAUCUGGGUAUUUAGGUAGUCUCCGUUUGGUAACCUUGGUUAUAACCUCAUUUCAAGAGUAUGGCGUACACAGAGUCGACUCUUGAACCACGAAUCACGAGCAACGCUCCUCGUCCGAAGUUCGAAUUUCUACUCUUGUCAUCUCGAAAAUCAAAACAUCUCUAUAUGUCUAUAGGAAUCCUAUCUUAUUUUUUGAAACGUGGCUUUCGCCCCUACGCGUAAUUACGCGACGCACACAUACGCACAAAACGCAACAAAACGCAACGCAACGCAACGCAACGCAACGCAACGCACGCACGCAUCAACGCAAUCCCACCUAUAUGCUUUCGAAAUUCAUUGCUUUGCCUUUACGUAACGUUUUUUCGACUCACUGCCAUUGCUAAUGCCUGUUUCGGCUGUUCGUUUCACGAAAUACAAAAUGCCCUCUUUCAUUUUACUCUUCGAUUAUAUCAGUAAAAGAAAGCGAGAGUGGAAAGAGAAGAUAUCGAUCUUUGAUCGUAAUUUAUUUAAAAAAAAAAAAAAAAAAAUGACUCAUUACGAUGUCAAAAAACAAACGAUUCGUUAAUUAAAAAUUGUACAGUUCAAUGAUAUCGCGUUUAUUCGUAAUUUACCAUAAAAACGGAAAAUUUGUGUAAAUCGUGCGUGAAGGAUAAAAAAAUGAUAUUAAAAGAGAACGAAAUAGAGUGUAAUGUAAGUUUCGUUAAGCAUGGUCGAUAAACGCAUCACCUAACCCCUUCUAAUCUUACACACUAAAUAAAAAGUUGACGCGAAUCGCGUAAACGGCCCGGUUGGUACUGGCUACAUUCUGACCAAAACCUCUUCGCCAUUGCAUCAACAAGCGAAAAACUUACGUUAAUGUCGAAUCAGUGGCAGGUGGGAGGCUGCUGCUUUGGAUGCAGCAUCGACCAAAGCAGCACCGAAACCGAUACAACGGCAGCGUACUCUUGCACACCUUGUCCAGCAAGGUCUCCACGUAUUUUUGUAACUUCUGCAUUAUCUCGGCCGACCGAAUGGAAACCUUGUUGCAUUCGUAAAUACAAUUAUCCAUGUACAGCUCACGCAAAACCCAGACCAUUGAUACGCUUCACAGAUUUUGACUUGGCCUCACAAUACUGAACUCAAAACUAUUGCUAACCCUUAUUGCUUAUUCGUGACCGAAGAGAAUCGGUCAGCGGUUAAUCGGUAGACAAUCCAUACCUACAUAUACCUAUUCAAACAUGCUUCUUACGACGAGCAAGAACAUUUUAAUCAUUUUCGAAACAAUUUUACGGAUCGUUCUACUGCUCGGAAGUCGAAGAAUAUUAUUAUUUGUUCAUUUUUGUUGAUUCUGUGAUUAUACCCUUCAUUACUACACCCUUCAAACGAAUAAUUAUUUUGCGUCUAGUAACACUAAGAUCUUCUGUCUGAUCAUUGGUAACGACACGAACGUGAUCUUGAAUCGAUCGUUAAAGAACCACCAAUUAAAUCUAUUAUAGGGAAACGUUGUUUAGUUUUUCUUAUGAAUUAAUAAGAAAAACUUGGGAUGUAAACGAAAUACAUAAUACAAUUCACUAUUCUUUCGUUCGUUUAUUCGUACAUUUCUUUGCUCGUUCGCUCGAAUUCUCUGUGAAACAAAUAAUUUCAUAGUGCAUUCAUCAGUUUAGAGUGUUGUUCGAUUUAUCGCUAGGCUUUCUUUCUACCGAAUCAAACACACAUUUUCCAUUUUUAUCAACAAUCACACGUUCCAUGUCCCCUUCCGAAAGAAAAGGAAGUAUUCGAAAUAAUUCCGAAAUGUUACUGUCUAUUUCUGUUCGAAAGAAAUUUUCAAGACAGAUUGGACAACUCAUCAUGACAAAUGCAAUAAGGGAUGAAACACCAGACUAUACGUACUAUACGACUAUACGUAAGUACUUACUUACUUACUUACUUACUUACAUCCAACGAUCACAACCUCGACAAACCACUUUCCCUUUCCCCAAGUGUAGUAGUUCGAAGCGUCGCGUUGCGUCGCGUCGCGUCGCGUCGCGUCGCGUCGCGUUGCGUUGUUUGCACUACAUAAACGCGGAAGUUUUGCGUGUCACGUUAUCACGAUUGAUUACCCUUUCCAUCUACUCCAUCUCUUGGUUCGAGAUAACACGAAUUCAAGGAACGAUUUCCAUUUCGACCAACUGCUACUUGUCUUGUCGGUCAUUUAGCCGUCUUAACGGUUUACGCCGUCUUAAAGGAGCGAGAUACCGAAAUGACAACCGCGAGUUUACACCUUAUUACGACAAAAAGGGAGAGAGGAUCAUUCGUUGUUUUCCCCAAUUUGGUGAACGAUUCGCAAUUCAAUUACUAAAAAUUCAGCUUCUACCAAAAAUCUAACCAACUGCUUUGCAUCUGUAGAGAGUUCGCUUUCACGCCCUCCGGGCUUUUUCGUAAUUUACAUGGUAAAUUUUGUUGGUCGUAAUUCGUACCUCGAACCGAGGAACUAUUUUAAAAACGGACAUUAAACCUGUUCAUAGAAGGUGUUGCGAGAAUUCUUUGUAGCGCAAUACGUAACGCUUUCGUUUGUCACGUGUGUAAAUACUAAAUACAUAUCUCAUGUACUACAUGGAAA